AUGUGGCUGGACCGCUUAACUGCUGGUGCUGCAGCGCCCAGUGGCUCUCGUGAGUCGCUUGCUCCGACCAGGCCAUACUCUCCCUUGCCACGCAAGAAUUCCCAGCUUGCUGCUCCGACUCAGCGGACAGUCUCGGGGCUGGGCCUACUUGCGACUAGAUCUUCGACAUCCCUUGACCUCAGUGCGAAUACUUCUACGACAUCUCUUACAACUCUACCGAGACAGCCCAAUGGAUCCUCCCUAAGAUUCGAGCAGAGGCCACCACCUAAUGUGCCGGACCCUGUGAAUGUAAUAAAGAGCAUACUGGGAAACUCGGAACAUGGAGCAGUGCCUGAAGGAUGGUCCAGGAAGCAAGAUGGCGAGAUCAGCAAAGAGAUUGACAUUGGAGGUCUGAGCCUUGAAGAGUUCGUUGCCCAAGAUAUAUCGCCACGACCUGCUGGCAACGGCUUUAGGGUCGAAAUAUCAGCAAAAGAGAACAGGCAAAAAUUUGAAGAAUUUCACAAGUCGAUUGCAGAAUGCGAUCAAAUUCUUACCAAUGUCGAAUCCUACCUGACCAAUUUCAAGGCCGAACUCGGCCAGGUCUCCGCAGAAAUUGAGAACUUACAGGCUCGCUCUACCCAGCUGAACGCCAAACUUGACAACCGCCGUAAUGUCGAGAAGCUUCUGGGACCCGCGGUAGAAGAAGUCAGCCUCUCUCCUUUCACAGUAAAGUCCAUCGCCGAGGGCCCUAUCGACGAAACAUUCGUCAAGGCUCUGAAGGAAGUUGAAGCAAGAUCAUUCAUAAUAGAAGCCAAAGAGGAGAAAUCGGAGCAGCUCAAGGCGUUGCAGGAUCUGAAGCCUCUGCUUGAAGACCUCAAGAUCAAAGCGAUCGAGCGAAUUCGAGACUAUAUCGUGGCACAGAUCAAAGCGCUUCGGUCACCCAACAUUAACGCCCAAGUAAUCCAACAGCAAACUUUCCUGAGAUACAAAGAUAUUUAUGCUUUUCUUGCUCGAAAUCACCCAGUCUUGGCCGAGGAGAUUGGGCAAGCUUAUGUCAACACGAUGCGAUGGUACUACAGCAGUCACUUUUCCCGAUACCAGCAAGCUCUUGAUGCUCUACAAAUCCACGCCUUCGAUCAACAUGACCUGCUCGGCUCAGAGGCCCCCCCGACCAGGCGAAACGUGCUAGGUACGUCCAAACCUGCUCCUCCACCGCAUGACGCCUUCAGCCUAGGACGAAGAGAAGACGUCCUCAAGUCCAAGAACGACACAGCCAUCCCUGCCUACCUGGCCGAAGAAAGCAAGUCGGCACAUUACCUAGAAGUGCCCUUCUGGAACUUCAACCAAGCGCUCAUCGACAAUGUCUCGGCCGAGUAUUCAGUCAUCACGGAAUUGUUCUCCACCAGUACGUACCAUCAAAUCUCCCGAAGGGUAGUCGAGAUCUUCGAGCCUACAUUCGCCAUGGGCCACAAUCUGACCAAGGGCCUUGUUGAAAACACGAACGAUUGCCUGGGCGUCUUGCUCUGCGUCCGACUGAACCAGCACUUCGCAUUCGAGCUGCAACGGCGCAAAGUCCCCGUCGCAGAUUCGUACAUCAACUACACAAACAUCCUCCUGUGGCCGCGUUUCCAGAUCGUCAUGGACGCACACUGCGAGUCGCUGAGAAAAGUCCCAGCUCCGACGACCAGCAAUCGAGGCGCAGCAGCGGCAUUUUCCCUCGUUAGCGGAGGAUCAUCGUCAGACGCCUCGAAAACCUCGGUCGCUCCUCACGCCAUCACACAGCGCUUCGGCCAAUUCCUGCAAGGCAUCCUCUUGCUCGGUGCAGAGGCCGGCGGCGACGACGAGCCCGUCUCCAACAGCCUGGUCCGUUUGAGAACCGAGUACGAGUCUCUGAUUGGCAAAUUGGCCAAGGCGUCGGGCGACGCGAGCAAAAGGGCAAAGUUCCUGUACAACAACUAUAGUCUGGUGUUGACGAUCAUUAGCGACACGAGAGGCAAAUUGGCAGACGAACAGAAGGAGCACUUUGGCGGUUUAGUACGAGAGAUGAAGAAGUAA